AUGAAAUUACAAUUGUAUGUGCAACAAGUCAAUGGGGCUUUAGAAGAAACCAGUCAGUCUGUUCUUUCAAGUUUGCCAAGAGUUCUAAGAGAUACUCAACUUUUGCAACAAGAAGCUUUAGCUCUGAGAGAAAAAAUGGUUGCAGUUAAACAAGAAAUAGAAAAGGUUGAAAAAGACACUGCUUCAUCAAUGGCAACAUUAGAGAGAAUAGAUAAAAUAAAAACAGACUUACAGAUUGCUAAACAAGGAUUACACGAAGCUGAUAAUUGGAGUAUACUUGCCAAUGAUGUUGAAGAGGUAUUUGAGUCGGGAGAUAUAGAAGCUAUAGCAAAUAAACUGUUCAGUAUGCAAAAAUCACUGGCUAUGCUCGUAAAUGUUAUUGACUAUGAAGAUAAAAAAUUACAAUUAGAAGGUUUAAAAAAUCGGUUAGAAGCCAUAGCUAGUCCAAAGUUAGUUCAGGCAUUUACUGCUGCAAAUUUGGAACAAUCUAAAAUUUAUGUGGAUAUUUUUAGUAAAAUGGAACGCUUGCCUCAACUUCUCAAGUAUUAUCACAAUUGUCUGAAAGUAUCAUUAGGACAAGAAUGGCGCAGAACUAUUGAAUUAGCACAAGAUGAAAAUGUUUCUUAUUGGUUACAUACUUAUUACGAUAAAUUAUUAUCUAAUUGGAAUGAUCAGGUGAAAUGGUGUUAUCAAGUAUUCCCAAGUACCUCAGUUGAUGUAAUUAUUGAGAUAUAUGCUGAUCUUUUGAGAAGUUUGGACCCAGGCAUUCCAGAAUGUAUAGAAGCUCUUUUAAAACAACAUACAAAUGCUAUGCAAUUGUCACUUUUACUUGAGCUUAAACAAAUUACAAGGCACUUUGCUGUGAACUUGCAAGGUGCUAUUGAAACAUCAUCACAUGGAAAAUCACAGACUCCAAAAUUGUUAGCAUUGGCACAAGCAAUAUAUGCACCUUAUGUUCCAUAUGUUACAAAAUACAAUAUUUAUGAAACAGCUCAACUUGAAUAUCAGUUACAAUCUAUAGACUCUGUUCAAGAUGAUUUAAGUGAUACGAUCAAUAACCUUUCCCUUAGCCUUUCGAGAGUAAUGGAAUAUGCAAAUGAGGCCAAUAAAAGAUGUAAACUCUUUACAGAUGGUUGUGGUUAUCCCAGCGUAUUAAAAUCCCUAACUCGUUACUUCAAUAAAUAUCUUGACAAAUAUCAAGUGGCUAUACGGCAAUUAGAACACAAAAAAGUAAAACAUGAGGAUUGGAAUUUGUUCCAAAUGUGCCUUACUUUGAUGCAAACUAUAGGUGAUCUUUUGGGACAGAUUCAACAAUUUGAGAAAUCUUUGAUAAUUGACAUUACAGAAGCUAAUAAUAAGCUGCAAAGUACAAGUGGUAGCGUUUUUAAUCAGUAUAAAAAAUUACUUUUACAUACAUCAAGUCAAAAUGAAUUGGAAAAUUUAAUUGCAUCUUUUCAAAAAGAAGAAGAAACAAUUCUUGAUCCAAUAAUAAAGUCUAUUCACAAACUAUGUUCUGAUUUACAUCGUGCAACAUAUGAAGUAAUCUUUGCUCCUAUCUUUACGCAAUUAUUAUCAGUACAAAAAGCACCAGCAUGGUCAACAGAAAUCAACAAAAUGACGCAUUUGAGUGCAGAUUUACCCGAUUAUAGCUUUGCUCCUCAGGAAUAUAUAACACAAGUUGGGCAAUAUUUGAUGACAUUACCACAGCAUUUAGAGCCAUUUUUACUAAGGGAAAAUCCGAGCCUUACGCAGGCAUUAAAAGCAGCAGAUCCACAAUAUGCUCAAAGUUCCACUGAAUCUGGAUUUACUGGUAUUUUAUUAGAAAUCAUUGCUAAAGAAACAUGUCAAAUGUUUCUAGAUCAAACAUUAGGAAUUUGUCAGCUAAGUUCUGCUGCAUGUAAACAACUUGCAACUGACAUAGAAUAUAUUUUGCAGAUUACCUUGGUAAUGUAUUAG